AUGCCGGUUAUGAAGGGAUUACUGGCACCCCAGAACACCUUCCUGGACACCAUCGCCACCCGGUUUGACGGCACACAUAGUAACUUCAUCCUUGCAAAUGCUCAGGUGGCUAAGGGAUUCCCCAUCGUUUACUGCUCUGAUGGCUUCUGCGAGCUUGCUGGAUUUGCACGGACUGAAGUCAUGCAGAAGAGCUGCAGCUGUAAAUUUUUACUUGGUGCUGAAACAAAUGAGCAGAUGAUUCUUCAAAUUGAGAAAUCUUUGGAGGAAAAGAUAGAAUUUAAAGGAGAAAUCAUGUUUUAUAAAAAGAAUGGGUCUUCAUUCUGGUGCUUACUGGAUAUUGUUCCUAUAAAGAAUGAAAAAGGAGAUGUAGUACUCUUUCUGGCCUCUUUCAAAGAUAUAACAGACACAAAAGCGAAGAUUGCUGCAGAAGACAAAAAGGAAGAAAAAUGGAAAGGAAGAGGAAGAGCAGGAUCUCAUUUUGAGUCAGCGCGCAGACGGAGUAGAGCUGUCCUUUACCACAUCUCUGGACAUCUACAAAAAAGAGAGAAGAACAAACUGAAAAUUAAUAAUAAUGUUUUUGUAGAUAAACCAGCAUUUCCAGAAUACAAAGUUUCAGAUGCAAAAAAGUCCAAAUUCAUACUGUUGCAUUUUAGCACUUUUAAAGCUGGCUGGGACUGGCUUAUUUUACUGGCAACGUUUUAUGUUGCUGUGACUGUACCUUACAAUGUUUCCUUUAUUGGCCAUGAUGAGCUGUCUACAACCCGAAGCACAACUGUCAGUGACAUUGCAGUGGAAAUUCUCUUUAUCAUAGAUAUUAUUUUAAAUUUCCGAACAACCUAUGUCAGCAAGUCUGGCCAAGUMAUAUUUGAAGCAAGAUCUAUUUGCAUCCACUAUGUGACUACGUGGUUUAUCAUUGAUUUAAUUGCUGCACUUCCUUUUGAUCUUCUUUAUGCUUUCAACGUCACUGUGAUUUUCACUUCAUCAACUUUCAGAUGUCGCCUCAACAGAACGGUUUCCCUGGUCCACCUCCUGAAAACAGUACGGCUUCUGCGCCUCUUGCGCCUCCUGCAGAAGCUGGAUCGUUACUCCCAGCACAGCACAAUCGUCCUCACGCUUCUCAUGUCCAUGUUUGCCUUGCUCGCUCACUGGAUGGCCUGCAUCUGGUAUGUCAUAGGGAAAAGGGAGAUGGAACAGAAUAAUCCCCUUACUUGGGACAUAGGUUGGCUUCAUGAGCUAGGAAAACGAAUUGAAUCUCCUUAUUAUGAGAAUAAUACACUGGGAGGCCCAUCAAUCAGAAGUGCCUAUAUAGCUGCCCUGUAUUUCACUCUCAGCAGCCUCACCAGUGUUGGCUUUGGAAACGUUUCAGCCAAUACCGACGCUGAAAAGAUCUUCUCCAUUUGCACAAUGCUGAUUGGGGCUCUGAUGCAUGCCUUGGUGUUUGGCAAYGUGACUGCCAUAAUUCAGAGGAUGUACUCCAGAUGGUCCCUUUAUCACACAAGAACCAAGGAUUUGAAGGACUUCAUACGGGUCCAUCACCUGCCACAGCAGCUAAAGCAAAGGAUGCUUGAAUAUUUCCAAACCACGUGGUCUGUCAAUAACGGAAUUGAUUCCAAUGAGCUCUUAAAAGACUUCCCAGACGAGCUGCGCUCAGACAUCACCAUGCAYUUGAACAAGGAGAUUUUGCAGCUCUCCCUUUUUGAGUGUGCCAGUCGUGGUUGCCUCAGGUCGCUGUCUCUGCACAUCAAAACCUCYUUCUGUGCUCCUGGGGAAUACCUCCUUCGGCAGGGAGAUGCCCUGCAAGCGAUCUACUUUGUGUGCUCAGGUUCCAUGGAAGUGCUGAAGGACAGCACCGUGCUGGCAAUCCUUGGUAAAGGAGAUUUAAUUGGAGCAAACCUAUCCAUUAGGGAUCAAGUUAUUAAAACAAAYGCAGAUGUUAAAGCUCUAACAUACUGUGACCUCCAAUGUAUUAUACUCAAAGGUCUCUUUGAAGUGCUCGACCUUUACCCAGAGUACGCUCACAAGUUUGUUGAAGACAUCCAGCACGAUCUCACUUAUAAUCUAAGAGAAGGCCAYGAAAGUGAUGUAAUAUCAAAAUUGUCCAACAAGCCUACACUAUCCCAGACAGAGCUCAAGGGAAAUGGAAAUAUAAAGAAAAGACUCCCUUCAAUUGUGGAAGAUGAAGAUGAGGAAGAGGAAGGAGAYGAAGAAAGCAACACCCUUUCCCCAAUUGAUACACGAAGCACAAAYAGCUCUCAGCAGAAGAAGACUGCGAGCAAUAAAAGCCACCUAGGGAGAAACUUGAAGCAGCUGGCCUCAGGAACUGUGCCCUUUCAUUCCCCCAUCCGYGCUUGCAGUUCAAACCCCUCAAGAGCCAAACACGAAACAGAGCUCCAUUACUACUCCAGAAGGAAGGAGAAAAACCUUAAAUUAUACCUGUCAGCACUGACCACCAGUGGCCCACCAGAUCUGAGCCCAAGAAUUGUCGAUGGGAUUGAGGAUGGGAGCCAUAAUGAGGAAAGCCAAACCUUUGACUUCAGCUCUGAUCAGUUCAGGCAGGAAUCCAGGUUAUCUCCGACGACUGGAGAGGCUGAAAUUGGUGCUGCUGUGCUCGUUAUCAAAGCAGAAGAGACCAAACAGCAGAUCAGCAGACUUAAUAAUGAG